AUGAGUGACCUGGGCCUGCAAACGCCCAGCGACAACACAGAAGCCCACCAGCUCUCCUACAUAACAACCAAAGAACACUCCUUCAAGCAGUACCCGCCCAAGCCACGUACAUACAAGAGAUACAAGACAUCCAAGCAGUUGAUCACUGACGAGAUACGGUACCUUCAAUCUAAGAAACUAGGUAUUGACACGCCCACGUGGACGUCGGUGGUGGCGCCUCCCAGCUUGAAGCCCCAGAAACACUACUGUGACAUUACUGGGCUUGAAGGAAAGUAUAAGAGUCCAGCCAAUGCGUUACGGUUCCACAAUGUGGAAAUCUACCAGGAGGUGAUCAAACAUAUGCCGCCAGGCGUCGACCAGGAGUACUUGAGUUUGCGUGGCGCCAACGUGGUGCUCAAGUAA